AUGUUCGAAAAGCAGCUCACGGAUGUCCUGAACGCGCGCUUGGGGGAGUUCUUGGAGGGAGUCGAUCCCGAGGACGUCCGGGUCGGGGUGCUGAACGGGGACGUGAUCGUUCGGAGGGUGCGGGUGCGGGCGUCGGCGCUGACGAAACUUUUGGACGAGCCGAGCGUGCGCGUGCGGUACGGAUUCGUGAACGAGCUUCGAUUGCGGAUUCCGUGGAGAAAAUUGGGGAAGGAAGAGGUGAAGGUGUCGUUCGACGGGGUGUACGUACUCGGGGAGAUCGAUGUGAGCGGGGAGAGAGCGUACACGGAGGAGGCGGCGCGCGAAAGAGAGGAACGCUUGGGGAAGAAGGCGCUGCAGGCGACGCGGCGGGCGGCGGAGGCGGCGGAGGCGGCUUGGUUGAAGUCACACCCCAUGGAAAAGGCGGAGUCGCUCGAGGAUGACAAUCGAAAGGGGAUUAAUUGGGACAUCAGAAAGCGGCAAAGCGGCAUCGCGCUCUCAUCGAUGUCGCCAUCGCAAAACGUCGUCGUGGAGGUUUCGAACGUGCACGUUAGGGUCGAGGCAACGUACGGGGACAAGUGUGUGCCGUGUGGAAUAGGGUUCACGCUCGAAAGGAUGUCGCUCUUGACCGUGGGAGAAGAUUUUAGAACGGUGUUUCAAGUCGCCGGUUUCGCGGAUAGACUGCGGAAGGCGGUAAAGUUGGAACACAUCGGAUUAUACGCUGAUUUUGAUUCACCAUCGGUCGCGUCAGGCUUGCCGCGGGGCUGGAACGGGAUGAACGACGCUUUCUUUGUGAAUCAAAUGUCAGCGGCUUUCGGAGGUUCUCAAUUCGGUCCAAACAGUGCUGCACUCACGGUGCCAAAAUCUUACGUGUUCGGUCCAAUGCAUGGAACCGCCCUGUACACGAGACGCGGUUACGAAGAGUCAAAUGAGACCGCAUUGCACGAUAUUCGAGCCAAUAUUAGUUCUAUCCAGCUCAGUGUGAGAUCGACGCAGCUCAAGGUGUUUUACGGGAUAUUUUCAAAACUUCGCGUGAGUCGCGUACGCUACGCGUACGCACACAUACGACCACAUGUCGGCAUUAGCGGGAAUUCGAGAGAAUGGUGGCUAUUUGCACUGCAAGGGGUUCAAAUGUACAUUAAUAAACUGCACAAACGACGAGGAUUAGACUUCAAAUCGAGUGUCGAGACCAUGGUGCACGCAAACAAAGUGCGCCAACGUUACGUUCCUUUGUAUGCGCACUACCUGAAGGGUGCGCCACCACCGCCCGAGUGCUACGCCUCGGACAGUAAGCAGCGCAACAAACACUGGCCACCAAGACUCAAGAUAGGUCAAUAUCCCGAUAUCGAUGAACUAGAGAAGCACGUUCCAUUACAGUGCAUCGUGACUUUUAGGACAUUGGCUCACUUGGAGUACAGAAAAUCGGGAGGAAUAGCAGCGGCAGUCUUGAAAGAACGUAAACGGCGUCUCGGCAGAAAUGCCGUGGUGAAAACAGUCGUAGGCCUAGGUAAAGGAGGCGUCAAAAACACUGGAAUGGUGCUGAAAGCGGUGACAAGACCAAUUCUAGGCAUCACAUGCGCAGUGCGUAAGAGCGACUCAAAAGACUUGGUUGUUCAGCAAAAGAAAGUGCGAACAAUUACACCAGAGACGAAAGAAAAUAAAUGGCAAGAUGAGUUUGCGAGAACCAUGAGCCUGUCGGAGCGGAGCGUGGCGCUUGAAAACAACGCGCUCACGUCUGCUGUCGAAGUAUCCUCGCUGGUUGAUAUUGCGAAUCUGAUUGUGAUUGCUGUGGAUGAUGAGCUUUCCGAAAUGGGAACGUCCAUAGGUGUGCCGGUUGAGCGUGAAAUAUUUCGAAUCGGGAUCAGGCAAAUCACGCUUGGCCAACUUUCUGGUCCAAGCAAAACAGAGCAACGAGGCUCAAUUAGAAAUUUAGUAGUGCUUAGCCCGGAGGGGACGCUGAUGGAAAUGAAGUCCAACGUGGACAGUAGGUCAGCGCGUGAUACCGACAGUUCGCGUACUUCACUGUGGGACGAUACAAAAUGCGAGUCCAACGCAGUGUACGUGCAGAUGGUCAAAGGCGACGUCGAGACUCAGGAAGAUUUGAGCUUGAAGCUACGAGUGGUAAACUCGCGAACUAUUUUCAUGCGAGAGCCUUUAGACAGGGUGAGACAGGUGGCCGUCAGGCAUCAAGUGACUUCAUCAUACAUCCUCGGCUCAUUCAUUUACCAAGACGUGGCGAUGGAUCGGAGCUACGCAGGCUCAAUUGAAAGGCAAACGAACGUUGCGAAAAUCAAACCGAAGAUUCGUUUGGAUGCAAGGAUUGGGAAUCCAGUUCUUAUCUUGGCAGGAGAGGGUGUCAACAUUCUCGUGGAUCUCGGCAAGACAUCCAUCGAAUCGAUGUCACCCUCGUCGGCCGGCGUCGAUCGCUCCAUCGCAAAUCAGCACAACGCCUUCUCGGUGCAUUCAUCGGGAGUCCGCAUUGGCUUCAUAGAUGAUGAUUGGAAAGCGAUGUCUUCCGUAGAUGAUAACAGCGAGUCAAUUCUGCUGCCAUUGUUGACUGUACCUGUUUCAGUUACAACGAUCCUUCAAAGUUUGAAUCAGGAAUUAGACUCGCCAAACCUGGCAUUGAGUUCAAGCGUUCAGUCUUUUGACAUUGAUUUUUCGCCAAUGCGUGUAUUCAAAAUCAGGGCGUUGAAGAAGUCGUUGUCGACGCCCACUUCACAGAUCAAUAUAUCUACAGCAGAGCUUCCCGCGCGUAGCGUGAGUGAAACAGAUGUCACGCUUCUGCAGAUCAGGGAGAACGGCGAGCUCGCUUGGGUACCUGCGAAGAUAUCGCUGCGUCGCGAAUACAUUUUGGAUGUCAAAGUUGCAGAUGGGCUGAGGAGUCGAGUGAUCUCUUUUGACAUUCGCGAGAGUCAAGGGGCCAGUAAGUUACGAAGAGAUUUGUGCUUCGACCUCUCGAUGCAUGAUUAUAUUCUCACGGUCGGUGGUGCGCUCAAUUCCAUGGAAGAUGUGACAAGAUCGCUCACAUCGGAUGAUGUGGUCACAUUGGCGUUUGACAUUACCAAUGGAUUGGCAUAUGAGAAAAUAAACGCUUACGAUCGCUGGUAUAGCGUGAUUAACGGAUUGGCCCGCGAGAACAUCGCUGUCCUCGUCGACUCUGGAAAGCAAGCAAAGGUGAAGAAGAUUCAGAUUCGUGUGAACGUUGGUAUUGAAAAGUUGGCUGUGCGCCUCUCAUGUCCUCUUAUCGCGCAUCCAUCUGAAGAAGAGAAAAAAAACUCGGUUGCCAGCGAAAAUGAUGAGCGUGCACUGGUGAGUCUUUGCAUGACUCGAUUGAGUUGCGACGUUGGCUUAGCUAGUACUUCGAAGGAAAUUCAGAUCGGUGCUGAAUCAUUUGCCUUGCGUGAUGACUAUUCAAGCGAUGGUCUCGGUCGAGAAUGUCUCGCUGUUACAAGUGGCUUUGGUUCGAAGAAAAAAGCGCUUUCUGUUGCGGUCGACAUUCUCCACGGCAAAGAUCCCAACUAUUGUGGUCUGAACAAACUCGUCGACGUGCAUCUCGAUGAGCCCGUGGAUUUAAGCGUUCGCAGGAGUACUCUUCUGGCUUUGAUUGCACUGAGGUUCAGGUUUCGUCCUCCGGGUUUCGUGCCGGUCAGGAUCAUGCCCGAGAUUGCGCCGCGUGUGAUGGUCGCUGGGGAACUGAUGAAGAAGAUAAAUCGCGAAAUACGAUUGACAGUCUCUUCUGCGACUGCAACAGCACUUUACGAUCACACGCGUGGCGAAGAUAUCCCGGUGUCGGUUCUUAGUAUUGGCGACGCUUAUUGGAGCACUGUCAUAGCUCCACCGACGCGAGAAACAGUCGUGAGCGUUGGUUGUAUGAAAUUAGCGACGGGAAAGAUGGCGAGCGAAAAGAAAUGGAAUGUUCAGCCUUCGUCUGAAUCAAGCGCGACGUUGCUAGUGAAGAAUACAGUUUAUGACAGGGGCGAAACAGCAGACGGUGCGGAUGAGUCGCUUGAGUUUGAGCUUGGGAGUUUGAACAUCGUUGCGACUUCAGAACUUCGAGAAGUUGGCACAUUCUUUGCGUUCAUUACAGCAGCAAGGCCCGACCACGUCGUAAAAUGGGUGCACCCUUGUAACCGACCCCGGGAAGGCUUCAAGAAUCUCAAGGUUCGAAUGUCUGUCAAAGUGGACGCGCCAAGGAUUGUUAUGCCUCUUCAUGCCCAGGCAGGAGCCACUGAUGAUCAAGUGGUGUUCGUUCUAGGAGAUAUCGAGAUAUGUAGAAGCUUCUCCUCUAGAAAGUUUGAUGACUGUCUGACCACCUUUUGGCAAACUACGUCAUUGAGCGUGCAUGGCUUUGAGAUGGCAGUUGUCGCUUCAGAUAAUCAGAGCUCAAAGAUCACUCGAAAUCCAAUCGCGUUGCGAGUUUGUUCGCAAAAGAGGAUUGACAGUGGCCGUGCGAUCACAAACGAAGUGGACGAGAAGAACGACAUGCAGGUAAAGUCCAUUUGUCUGGACAUAUCUGGACGAGACUUUCGCUCUAUUCACGACGCUCUGAAAACUUUCAAGGAUGCUAGGAUCAGGCGAAACGUUCAGGUAAAGAAUCCGAUCGAUUGGGGCAAAGUGGAGCCACUCAAAUUAAAAAGUCAGUCUGAUACGUUAUCACUGACGUCAAUGCAAGCCUCCGUCAGUUUGAGUGGAGCUCAGGUUUCUGUGUACAAGUAUCCGAUGCAGCAGCGACCGAUCUCGACGAUUAAGAUAAUCGGUGUUACCUUAUCCGCCCUGAAGAAUAUCAAUGGGCAAUCGGGCAUGGAGAUGGACGUCAUGGUCAAAAUGGUUGGCAUCGACGAUGAUUCGCCCAUGGCUAAGGAAUAUCAAGUUCAGCAUAUCAUGUAUGCUGGUGCACCGAACGCGCCAUUGCUUCGCCUGAUUCUUCGAGAGGAUGACAAUCGCAGGGAGUUGAACGCAUCACUGCAGCACAUUGAGUUUAUCCUGAGACCAUCUGUCAUUUUGGACACAGUGCAAACGUUCGCCCCAAGGAAGUUUGGUGGUGUGUUUUUGGCAAGCUCGAUUCUUCCUAAAGACGUCAACUGUGUCAACGGUCGAACGCUCACUUUGAAGGAGGAUUUGAUUCUGAGUAGAAGCACAAGACUUCUCGCCGAUGACCCUCACAAGAGUGGAGGACGAUAUAAACUAUACGGAGGUGGGCAGGUAAUCAAUUUUAUGGAUGCAAACGGAGAAUUGAUUCGUUGUCAUUCUCAUGGUUCAAGGAGAAAAACCAUGGCGAGGAUUAUCAUCGGUCACAACGCCACGUUAUAUUUUGAAAACGUCGUCUUCAAAUGUACGCGCUCGAGUCUGUCAAGAUUUAUCAAACUUGGACCAGGAGCGCGCUAUGAACUAGGUCCCGACGUUCUUUUUGACGAGAGCGAAGAACACGACAGGCAGAAAGAUUCUGAUGCUGAACGCAUCGAAGAUCAAAGUUCUGAUAGAUUUUCUCUGGAUAAAGCACGGGACAACACGGGUGAUCGAAUUAAGCGGAAAAACAAACCGAUUCUAAUCGAAGCAAAUGUAACCUGCGUGCAUCUUGUCGUUGGCGGUGACAAUGCCAGAUCCAAUCAGAUAAACAUACUUUUCGGUCUCACAAGUCACAUUGAACGAGACGAGAGGUUGAACAUGAAUAUUAUUUGUGAACUUCUUCGUCUUCGCACGAAGGACACGAUGACUCCCCCGUUGUUAAGACCAAUGGGCUUGACAUUGCAACUCGAAUCGAGCGGCGGCAUUUCAAAAUGCAGGGGUUCUUUGACGCCCGUGGAACUUGAGUUGAGUCCCCACAGAAUACACAUAUUGAAGCGCCUGUGCGAGACCUUGGCGAGCUCAUUUGCAAUGGCACUGCUCAUUGAGUGCGGUGUGUAUUCCUGCAUUUGGAAUGGAUCUACGACCUCAGAGAAACAACACUUGAGAGAUCUUCUGAUGCAGACUCAAGACUCUAGCAACACUGCGUUUACAAUUUGGCGACCUGUCGUGCCAUCAGGUUAUGGUAUGCUUGCGGAUGUCGUGAAAUCUGAGCGUGGUGCUCCUGAGAAUACGGUGUGGCUGGUUCGUGAUUCAUCAGCUAUUUGCGCUCUACCUGAACGAUUUGAAAGGGUCGAAGGGAGUGCGCAGCCAUGCUUCUGGCGACCCAUUGCUCCAAAGGGCUUUAUUAGUCUGGGUCUUAUAGCGACGGCCUCUGAGAAUGAAGAGCCAUCUUUGGAUACUGUUCGUUGCAUCCGUCAAGAGCUAGUCACGAACAUAGGUAAAACGUCUACGCGUGUCGAUUUCACCUUGCUCGGAGACAGCACUGUAUCAAAGUUGACACUGUGGAAAACGAACAACGCGGCGGAUGGGUUCGUGUGCACAGACAAGCGCGAGUGGGCAACGAGUGGGCGGCCUGUAGCGUACGACAUACGAUCUCCUACUGGUUUCCAGGUACGUGUUCCCGUGACAUCGCGAAGACGAGACGAGCAUAAGCAAAACAAAAUAGACGUACUGCAGUCCGCGUCCUGUGCGACCGUGGUCGAUUUCAAACGAAUAGGAAUCGCCAGCAGUAAGAACUCAACGAUUGGAUUUUGGGCACCAGUGCCACCGACGGGUUACGUUUCAACUGGACACUGCAUUUCCAAGGGAGAUAACCCUCCUUUGCACACUCGCGUGUUUGCAGAAGAUAGAGACUUGUUUCAGCCGCCAGACUCUUUUGAGCAACUCAUUCCACCGCGCAAAUACGGAGGUUCUCAACGAUUGUGUAUUUGGAAACCGGUGCCGCCACACGGUUUCGUCAGCGUUGGAGUUAUUGUCACGACCGAAGAUGAACAUCCAGAAUUUGAUACCAUCGCGUGCGUACGAGCGGAUUUGGUUAGCAGAAUCACACAUGGACAGUUGACGAAGUACAAUUCUUUCUGGGUCGAUGACGAACAUGCUGCGUCCCCUACACACUUUUGGAUCACAAACUCGCACACACAGAAUUUCAUCAGCAGCGAGCUCGAAGAUGGGUCUGAAGUGGCACCCGAUAUUGGCUUCGACGUGGGCUACAUGCGAGAGUCAUCAACGGCUUCAGAGCAACCUACAUUGAUGCUGAAAUUCGACGCACCAUUAAUCCAAGUCGGUAUGGCAUUCGAAAGGGUCCUUCACAAUCAGCUUUUCUACUUGUGCAAGUUGGAAGGAAUACGGACAACGUGCACAAGGGAGUCCAAAAAUUUGACUUUAUCAACAGACGCCUCCUUAUCUUUGAUGCAUAAAAAUCGGCGAAACGGACAUCUGGAACCAAUCAUUUCUCCCUGGCACUUCUCGUUUCUACUGGAUGACGCGAAAAAUGAUAUAAAGACAGUCUCUGCAGCGAGCAGGACGAUGAAGAUUCAAAGCAAAGAUGAAUGCGCGUUCAUCAUCAGUCAAGCGGCAAUCGUCGAUGUUUUGGAUGUUAUGAGGCUACUCAAACUGCCAAACGAAGAAAUUUCGAAAAUUGCGCUCGGGACUUCUUACAAAGCCGUUCAAAACAAUGUGAUCAUCAACUCUACCGGGCGUUCUUUGUGGGUGCAGACACCGGCGGGCGACGUCGACGAGAUACCUCACGGUCAGGAUAUAGCGCAGUCAUUCAAGAAUGAGGAAGUUGAAGCGCGAGCGAGAAGGAAUCUUUUACAAUCUAAAAGCUCGAUUCGUACACGCGGGAGGACGGACGUCAUCGAUGAAGUUGACCGUGUCGGCGAUGAACGCCUUUCCAUCGCUCACUUAAUUGUUGACGUCUUGGAGAUAGAGAAUGAAGAUGUGCUCAAAUGUCUCGUUCAUCCUCGACUUACAUUGAAGCUUUGGGAUGAGCAGUUGAAGAAAUUUCGUACCGAACCAUUGCCUUUGAACACCUUUACUGGGUCCGUGAAGAUGCGAAUACCUCAUCCGCUGCAUCGUAUGGAAAAGGACUCCGAUUACGUUCACCAUUACGAUAUCAAAGUAGUGGCUGAGGUAUCUUACUUCGGCUCGAACGGCGAGAAGUUGACUGUGAGUGGCUCUGUGAAUAUUCCAGCUGAGAAUCUGCGAGGAAAUCAGAGCGAGGACGAUACUGGAUUGUGGAUACGAUGCGACGACGGCGGCGACAAAGCUGUGCAGGUCAGAAUCCGCGCACACGCAGUUGAAGGCUUGACGCUUUCCCCGAUUGCUGAGGUUGCCGAGACGGCAUCUAUUUUGAGAAGUCCACGUGCAAAGAAGAGGACCGCACACAACACGCCAGCUCUCGUCGUUUGCAGGACGAAUGACCUCGUGAAGAUAUGGUGGACUCGAGGCAAACAGAAAUCAAUAAAGACUCUCAGUGCUUGGCAUCCUCGUGCGCCUUCUCACACGGAACUCGAAUUGAGGCACCCAUUCUUUUCGGAAAGGACAGAAGAGGAUUACAAGCUCGUUCCAUUUGGGACGAUUCUCGUGUCGGGGCACAACGCACCUCGAAGCGCUCUGAUGGCAGUGGUUCUGGAAUACGACUCAGAUCAGACACCGCCGACCGCAUAUCCGAUUGAUUUUGAAAAUAUUUGGACUAGUGACAACAAAGACGUAUCGUUUUGGAAACCGAUCGCCCCUGCUGGAUACGCCGCUAUUGGAAACAUUGUGACUAAGAGUAUUGAAAAACCGUCAACGGAAUGCGUUGUCUGCGUUCGAGAAGCUUUGACAGACAUCGCGACGACACCACCGGGCGUCGAAUGGAAAUCAAGUAGAGGUUUCAGAAAGAUUGCAAGAGGUGAUUUUAUACUGAUUCAGAACGGCGACGUUGGUGCGGGUGGUUGGACGUUUAUCAAGGAAGAACUCAGUCGCACAAAUGAAGGUGUCAUCAUGGCCACUGUUCCGCCACUGCGUAAAUUGAAUCAAAACUUAUGUAUUCCCUGCCUGGAAGAUGAAAGUGCUCUAGAGAUUUGGUUUGAUACCAUAACACUCGUGGAACGCUUCCGGUCAGAGCUGCAAGCUGGGGAGUCCGUUCUCGUUGUUUCAUUUUCACCCACCGGCCCGUUCGAGACCCUUCAUCUUCGUCUGGGUACAUCCCAUGUUGUCCAGCAUAGCACGCAUGAUCUGGUUUUCGACGGAACGGACGGGAGAUUGUUAAGUCGUACGUUCGUUGAGAACGAAACACAAAGCGACCUCAUCGCAAGGGUGCGCCGUCUUCAACAUGGUCUUCAUGUUGGUACAUCAUCAAAAUUGCUUGACAAAUCUCUCGAGGAACUAGAUGAAGUUUGUCUUGAGCUGUUCGAGGCUGAGAGAUACUAUCCCUUCAAAGGUUGGUCGACACCGAAGGAUGCGGUCGUCUUUAACUCACGUUACACAACCCGCAGAAAUGGUCGUGCUUCGCAUCGUUUCUGGCCACACCUGCACCCUCCGAAGGGAUACAAGUUCUCUGGGCCUUGGCGUCUUGACACUGCAGGCGGACUUGUCGACGCGAGCGGUUGGGCGUACGGCGCAACUUGGGUGACAAAGUGGCCGCCCCCUCCUGGAUCCAAUAAGCGUAAAGCUCGCUCCACGCGCCGUCGACGGUGGGUUCGUGACAUCAUGAAGGUGAAAACUAUUGAAUCGUUCUCACAUCGUACUUCUAUACAUACAAUGAGACAGGAUCAGAUGGAGGAGUGGAGUGGUGAUUUGGCGGUGAAUGACAAGAUCAUCCUUCCUCCCGUCUCAAGGAACGAUCAUUACGGUCUCCUCUUACGAAGAGUUGGUGAGCAGGAGGAUUUGUACAAGGACGAUAAUCCGCUUCAGGUGGGUCGUUUGUCGGAGAGAGAAGGUCGUGCAUUCAAGUACUCGAACGGCAAAGAUUAUUUUAUAUUAUUGGUACAGGAGCGCGACAAGGCUCGAGAGGGUACAUUCGGGCAUAUUCCUGGCAUACAGCUUCGAAUCAUUGCUCCCGUGCACAUUGUCUCUGCGGUGAACUGUAAGUCUCGCAUUACCAUUUUUGCUGACGGUGAAAACGUAUUCGCCGAUGAUGUGAAUGUCUUGGAAAUCAGACGCGUUACAUCCAUAGAUUCUAGCAAGAAGCUCGAGUUUCACAUGGUAAUGUUUGCCGAACAUCAUGCUUUCGGUCACGAUCGAUCGGUGCUUCUCAAUGUGAGUCCUGCAGGGAGCCCACCAAAUCUCCAAAUUUUAUGGUUAGAUGUCAAGGGAUACAGACACUUAACGUCUCCGGUAUUGUUGGACGCGAAGCGGACGAAGCUGAGUGGAAAUGAAAUCACCGAUGACGACGACGCGGAACAGCUUCUGACCGUGGAUUACAGCAACAUGUUGCUGAUCACAAACGCGUCGUCGCUUGAAAUCAAAACUCUCACUUGGUUUGGGGUUACGAGUACCAUACUCGACAAAAACGAAGAUUAUGUGAACAAUCCACCCGGGACGACGCUACCAGCCAUGUUUCUGAAAUCUCACGUGCAGCAACAAGGAAGCACGAACGCUCAAGAGUUCGUUCUUGGACUUUGCGUUGAUUCUACACCAGUACGCGUCAUGGUAUCGGCGCGCUCUAAACCGGUCAUCAUGACGGUCCCGACGGCUUCUGGAAACAAGAUCGCGCUGAGUGUUUCAGUAAAUAUUUGGAGAGAAACAUCAACUUUUUGGCCAACUUUGGAAGUCAUCGUACAGCCGAUGCUCGUAGCAGUAAAUUUGACCCGUGUACCAUUGGCUAUCCGCGCAAGUGGUAUGGGAUACACGACACUUACACCGAGUUCACAUCCAACACCAUUUUCACUCGACAUCGCUUCGGCAAAGGACAUAGACGGCGUCGAGGCCAAACUCAAUGAUACAUCGAUUCAAAUCGCCGACAUCUCAUCUGGAGAAGAAAAUUUAUCUUGGAGUUCGCCGUUGGUUAACUUAGUGCACUACUCUGGUGCAUUUUGGGCGAUUCCACGCAGUGUCGAACCAUCUGUGGAUGACAUCGCCCAUUUCAGAAUAUUACCUUACGCAGAUGAAGAUGGUGACCCUGUCAACUUUGCCAGACCUCUCAUCAUACAAUUCUCCGUCGAACGCAGUGAGCAAGGUUGUUUCAGAAUAUUCUUCAAAGGUGGCGACGGUGCAUCAUUAAAGACUGCGCCAAUCAUGGUGAACAAUCACUUGCCCAAACCUUUGAUGCUUCGACAAGUGAAGAAUCAUUCAUUACUCGAGGGGAAUGCUUCGUUGAAAAGAAUGUCAACGCGUCAGCUUUCAAAGACGCUAAUACCGAACGACGUCGGCAUGGGUCAGUCAUUUGCUCUGCACGCCUACGCCUCUAUGUCGUGGGGGUGGAGCGUGCCGGGCGUCCCCAUGAAAUUCAACAAAAGACAAAAUUCCGCUCAGGGCGAGUCGAUGGUCGCUUUCAAAAGGCGCAAGUUCUUACAGCUGUCGAUGUCCGCGGACUCCUCAUGCAUCGUUGAGAUCGAUACAUCCCAGUCAAACUUUCAUGGUUUCAUUCACCUCGGCGAACUGGAGUAUGAACCACGUGGGGAACAGAGAGAAAUCGCGACGAUUCUCGGCGAAUGGCGUGGCGAGACGUUUUCCAUCUUCAUCGUACAUAAAACCAUCAUGUUCGACAAUUUUUCUUUCACGAAGGAGUUCAUGAAACAGACAAAAGAAGUCUCGGCACUCAUGAAACGGAAAGAACAGCACCUAUCCGUGAGUUUGGAUGCUUGCUCUCUGACGAUAGUCGAUAGAGUCCGCCAUUCCUUUGUCGAGUUGAUUCGCAUAUCGAUCGACCAUAUUAAGUUGGCACGUGGAUCUGCGCUCUUUGCGGGUCGUUCUACCUACAAUCAUCUCAUUGUUGGCGCACUUCAGAUUGACUUCAGCGCGCCUGGAGCUAUGUAUCCAGUUUUCGUGUGGCAUGACCCGUCGAUCGGGAACUUCUUGGAAGUGGUCGCGACAAUGAGCAAGGGGGAUACGGACUACAAUAUUGUGCACCGUUUCAACCUUAUGUCACCCCGGGAGGGCAUCAUAGUUCGCGGGGGAGAAGAGCUUAUCUGGGCGUUCUGGGAUUUCUUCACCUCUCUUAAAGCGCAACUUCUGCUGAGCGACGCGUCAAAUUCUCAGGGGGCGCCCGGUGUGGUGACGUCCAGACCAAGGAAGCAGCGAGACGAAAAGCUUCAAAUCGUUUCACUGUGUAUAGACGCGCUGACUUUCGUAGUCACGUUCCACCCGGACUCAAAUAUACGGCCAAAGGACGCAGAUGCGAGGGUGAUUUCCCUCCUUGCAUUAUCGAGUUUGCAAGGCUUACGGUUGACUCUGGAGAAGUUUCAGAGAUCCGAAGAGAACACCGUUCGAUCCAACUUGGUUAAUGAAUUCGUGAAAUACAUCAAGUUACAGAUGGUCGCACAGACGCUCUCAAUCAUGACGUCCAUGCAAACACUCACGAAUGUCUCCACUGGAUUAGACGCAGCGGCAAAGGCCGUUGAAACCGGCUUUGGCGUUCUCGAGACGAAGAAGAUGCAGAAGCUACCGUCAUCUCUCGUUGGCACACGAGUGAAAACGCGAAAAAAGCUGAGAAAUAACGUUGCUGGCGGCGUAUACAUCGGGCUAAAACGUCUGAGCCAAGGUGUGUUUAAUGGCGUGAUUGGAUUAGUGGUACUCCCUUUCAAGGGCGCUAGAGAAGGAGGGAUCGUGGGAUGUGGCAAAGGGUGCGGCAAAGGUAUCGCUAAUUUGGUCGUUAAACCUGUAGCGGGAGCGAUCUCACUCGCCGCGAAGACUGUGGAGGGCGUCGCAAACACAGCACGAGACGUACAAGCCGCCGCGUGGGAACUCGUGCAUCAGGAAAAAGUGUCUCAGGUCAAAAUUCGUCGGUUACCCAUCGCUGUGAGAUCGGACGGAGUCAUAAGACCGUACAAUGAACGUGACGCCUUCGGUGUUUACAUUAUGCGCAUGAGCACAGUCGCCAGUGGGACGGGAUUCUUAUCUCGCGCACCUGGACUGCACGAUCACUUUGUGUCUAUGCACGAAAUCGCUGGAAACUUGAUUUUGGUCCUCACGAACAACCGAGCGAUGGCUGUGAGCGCACCAGAGAUGGAUGGACACCUUCCAAAGGCGAAAUCGGUGUGUGAGUGGUACAUUUCGUGGACGGACGUGAGUUCUAUAUGGAUCAAAGAUACAACGUGUGUGAAGUUGCAGCUCAACGUGUCGAAUGAACGCGGUCGCGAUGGCUCCUAUGUGAGCCGUUCAUCCUUCUCGGAGUCUCUUGAAGAGGAAACUAUGCGGUUCGUUAUUCGCGCGCUCGAUGCACAGGUGGCAUUUGAAAUCGAAGCGAGCGCCAGGCGUUGCUGGCAACUCGUUAUCAAGGACGACCAAUUCAACAACGAAUAA